UGUCAGUCCCAAACACAAAAACAAAACAAAGCCAAAACAAAAAAACAAAAAGAUCGAGAGAUGAUUCAUCAAACAAAAACACUCUUGGUAUCGGCGCCACUUCCGUGGCGCGACCGGCGAUAAAUUGAAAAGAAGAAGAAAAAAAAACACAAAGAGCGAGCGAGAGCGAGAGAUCCUGGAGGUCCGAUCCUGGCACGGAUCGCGUAUGUGUGCUCGAGAGCGAUGGGAAGAAGAGGUUGUUUGUAGGCCAGUUUGUAGUUGCUGUGCGUGUGCGCGUUCAGGCAGGUAGCGCCAGGUAGCGCACCGGUACAGCACCACCCCCCUGCCCACCACCACCACCACCACGCUCCCGUUGCCGCUGCACACACAUUACACGCAAUGUGUGUAGGGCGCGUUGGAGUUUGGCUUCCACCAGUAGCAGCACCAGCAGCAGCAGCAGCAGUAGCGAGUCACUAGAUGCCGAUGAUCAUGCUGCUGAUGAUGAUGAUGAUGACGAUUCUGUGGUGGAGCGAGGUGGAGCGAGGUGGAACCGCCAGUUUUCUAUAUAUAUAACACGGCCACUGUUCCACGGUUUCAGGUAUUCGAUGCCCUUCUCUCGCCCGGAGUAGAUCGCACAGCAGCAGCAGCAGCAGCAGCAGAAGCAGCAGCAGAAGCGAGUUAGCCCAGUUAGCUAGUAUUGUAGUCAAAGGCUUACCGAUUUGUGGCGUGACGGCGUGUGUAUUGGAUGUUUGUUUGUGCUUGUGUCUGCUCUCAACGCGGGCGCGUUUUGAUCGAAACAAAAUAAAGAGUUCAGCAGCAGCAGCAGCAGCAGCAACAGCAGCAGAAGCAGUAGGGAUUCUUCCUACGCUACUAGCACCCGCCAGUGAUUAGCAACCAAGUGUGCAAAGUGAUAACUAGAGGCGAGAGGCAGUGAGCGAGAGGUGCAAGUCACCGAGUCGAUCCUGAUCCACCGGAUCCCAGAACUGCGUGCACAAGUGAGGAGGGAGUGAGAGCGUGAGAGAGAGAGAGAGAGAGAGAGAGAGUACAGGAAAGCCCCAAAGCACGAGGACACUCAGCAAUCAAACUCAACGGCAAGGUUCUGUUCUGUGCUGUGCUGUCGUCGUCGUCGUCGUCGUCGUCGUCGAAAGUUUCCCGUGUUGCUGUGUGUCUGUGUGCGCGCGCGCAAGCCAAUUACUCAUUUCAACCAGAAUCACCAUCAUCAUCAUCAUGCCAGGACGUCCACUGUGGCAGGUCGCUGGAAAGCGGGACCGGGACCAGGAGCGCGAAGCCCAGCACUGGAUCGAGACGGUGAUUGGCGAGAAGUUCCCGGCCGGUCACCUGUACGAGGACUGCCUGCGCGACGGUAUCCUGCUCUGCCGGCUGAUGAACCGCCUGUCGCCGGGCAUCGUGCCGAAAAUCAACACUUCCGGCGGUGACUACAAGAUGAUGGACAACAUCAAUCAGUUCCAGAAGGCGUGCAUCAAGUACGGUGUCGCGGAUGUCGAUCUCUUCCAAACGACUGACCUGUGGGAUCGAAAAAACGUCGCCCUCGUCACCACCACCAUCUUCGCCGUGGGCCGUGCGUGCUACAGACACCCGGAGUUCCGCGGACCGUACCUUGGCCCGAGACCGGCCGAGGAGAACCGGCGCGAGUUCACCGAGGAGCAGCUGCGAGCUGGCGAGGGUCUGAUCGGCCUGCAGGCCGGCUCCAACAAGGGGGCAACACAGGCCGGGCUGAACUUCGGUGCGACCAGAAAGAUUCUACUUGGCAAGUAGGGGGCGGGCCGCAUCGCCGUGCUGGCGGGAGGAUGCGAGAUAGCAACCGACGGCAACCGACGGCAACGACGGACACAUAGUGUACAGAGUUUUGUGGAGAACAGCUUCCACCGCUCGUCGCGUUCGUCUUAAAAUCGAUCAUCCCAACAUCGCAUGGCACUGCGACACCGCGUCCGCCGCCGCUAAUUUAUUGCCUAUUUAUUAUAUUACCGCUAAGGCUCCAAGUGGAGCCCUCCUACUAACCUGCGAAACUCGUGUGCCAAGCGAUGCCUACAAAUCUUGUCUCUGCUGCUGCUAUUGCUUCUCUUUCUUUUACUAUUCGUCGUUGCAAACAUCUUUCAACUUCACACCGACACGCACUCACUAACAUCCUGCGCGCACAUUGAAGCGAAAAAUAGGAUUUGCAGGAGGAAACAUAUCCGACUGAGUCGGCUUCGCUGCACCGUUGGCGGAUGACCAAUUGGGGGAUUUCUUUUCUAACGAGACAAAAUAAAGUACAAUUUUGCUUUUCACCGAUA